AUGGGAGUGCCUGCAUUAUUUCGAUGGCUCUCUAAAAAGUACCCCAAGAUCAUUUCUCCAGUUAUAGAGGAAGACCAACAUGACAUAGGAGGAGCAAAGUACGAAGAUCCAAACCCCAAUGGGGAAGUUGAUAAUUUGUAUUUGGAUAUGAACGGUAUUGUUCAUCCUUGUUCACACCCUGAGCACAAGAGGCCACCAGAGACUGAGGAUGAAAUGUUUUUGGAUAUUUUCACCUAUACAGAUAGAGUGCUAAUGAUGGCACGACCAAGAAAAGUACUCAUGAUUGCAGUGGAUGGGGUGGCGCCAAGAGCAAAGAUGAAUCAACAAAGAGCAAGGAGAUUCAGAUCAGCUCAAGAUGCAAAACUCAAGCAAAUGGCUAUUGAUAAAGAGAUACGAGAAAAGGAAGCACGUGGGGAAAUCAUCAAUGAUGCAGUUAAAGGGAAGAAGCAAUGGGAUUCCAAUGCUAUUACCCCAGGUACGCCAUUUAUGGACCGACUAGCCGAAGCGUUGAGAUACUGGGUUGCAUAUAAACUAAGUUCAGAUCCAGGAUGGGCAAACUUGCAAGUGAUUAUUAGUGAUGCUACUGUCCCGGGGGAGGGUGAGCAUAAGUUAAUGAGCUUCAUACGUUCGCAGCGAUCGGAUCCGCAAUACAACCCAAACACGAGGCAUUGCAUAUACGGUUUGGAUGCUGAUUUGAUUUUUCUUGGUUUGGCUACCCACGAGCCGCAUUUUAGAGUAUUAAGAGAGGACGUCUUUGCCAAUCAAGAAAGACACAUGACGGUUUCAGACCAUGUGGGGAUGUCUAAAGACCAACUUGAUUUGAUCGAAGAGAGAGACAAAAGGAAACCAUUCUUGUGGUUGCAUGUGAACGUGUUGAGGGAGUACUUGGCAAUCGAAUUGUACAAUCCUCAAACUUCAUUUUCCUUUGAUCUAGAGAGGGCGAUUGACGACUGGGUUUUCAUUUGUUUUUUUGCAGGUAAUGACUUUUUGCCACAUCUACCAAGUUUGGAUGUUAGGGAUAACGGUAUUGAUACAUUAGUUAACUGUUGGAAGCGCUGUCUUCCUCGAUUGCGUGAUUAUGUAACUUGUGACGGGAGAUUGAACUUGCAAAGUGUUGAAACAUUAAUGGGGGACUUGGCAAUAAAGGAGAAUGAAAUUUUCAGAAACAGGUUUGCAGUGGAAAAACGAAGAGAAGAGAGCCGAAAGAGGCGGAAGGUUGCAGAGGACCAGGAUAAGGCAUUAAAAAAUGUAUACUUGUCGCAAGUUUCUAAGGGAAAGGAUAAAGCGCCUAUUGUCCCGGACGCCAACUUGCCGUUGAUGGAUACAAGUGGGAAUAUUGUCGAAGGACAUGCGCAAUUGACGAACAAGGACCUUGUUAAUAAUAGAGAUACUAUUGCGUUGGCUGGAAUGGCAAAUAAUGAUGCUGCGGCUGCUUUAAAGAAGUUGAUUGAUUCAAAGAAACAGCUUAAAGAGGACACUCCACAAGAAAGUGGUGAAUCUAGUGAUGCGUCAACUUCAGUCUCAAAUAUCAACACUGACCUGGAAGAGUCUCAACAGGCAAACAGGAAGAGAAGAUCAACGGCGGAUGGUGAUGAACCAGUUGAUGAUAUUCGAUUACAUGAACCAGGAUAUGAAAAGCGUUAUUACCAGGCCAAGUUUCAUUGCAAAACUGAUGAAGAAGUUGAGCAAGUGAGACGUGAUGUGGUCAAGAGUUACAUUGAGGGUAUAGCGUGGGUCGCGUUGUACUAUUACCAAGGGUGUCCAUCUUGGACAUGGUUUUAUCCAUAUCACUAUGCUCCUUUUGCUUCCGAUAUGACCGACUUGAAGGACUUGUUUCCUGAUGGUUUAAAGUUUAAUUUAGGGGAGCCUUUUAGGCCCUAUGAGCAAUUGAUGUCAGUUCUUCCAGCAGCAUCCAGUCAUGCUUUGCCAGAGGUGUUUCACACAUUGAUGAAGGAUGCUGAUAGUGAAAUUAUCGAAUUCUAUCCUGAGGAUUUUGAAAUUGACAUGAAUGGAAAGAAAAUGAGCUGGCAAGGUAUACCGUUGCUACCCUUUAUUGACGAAAAGAGAUUGCUCGAUGCUGUCCAAGGAAAGUAUGGCCAAUUGACCGAGUAUGAGAAGGAACGAAACACAAACAAGCAAGCUGAGUUGUUCAUCUCUAACGAAAACAGAAACUACAAACGGUUUUCAGAUAUUUUCUACAAAGAUGAGUUGGACUCGAUCAAGUUUCAAUUUGCGAAAAGCAGCUUAUCGGGAUUGGCUAUAAAGUUUCCAUCAUUUGAACCAAGUGGAACGCUUAAGUUUCCACUAAAGGAGGGUAACAUGCCAAAUAUUGACAACAAGGACUAUUUGCAGGUGGAGUACCACUUUCCAGAAAAAGCGUGGGGUAAGUCCAUGAUCUUGAAUGGACAUAUACCCGCAGCUCCAGCACUCACCACUGCUGAUCGAAACGAAGUCGUUUAUCGACUUCAAUCUAAUGAUUUUAGAGGUAUGGGACGUGGAUUCAAUAACAAUUUCCAAGCUAGUGAUUACGUUAACCAAGGACCCCAGGGAAAGGAGGUUUUCAAAAUGUAUUCGAUGAGGAGAGGCGGGUAUCGUUCUAGUUUGCAACAUAUGAAGGAUGGAAGUAGGAAUGAAAGAGCGGCAAAUGGACCAAAUGGCAACCCUUAUGGAACACAUGUGUAUCAGCAGCAACAACAGGAUCCUUAUGGAAAUGGAUCAUACGGUCAGCGACAAGGGUAUGGCAACAACUACGGUAAUAUGCAAGCGCAAUUUUACCCAAAUCAGGGCGCCAGUUACAACCAGUUUGCUCAAGCGCAGAGAUAUCAACCACCAGGUGGCAACAAUAAUGCAGCACGAAGUGGAUAUUUGCCGCCAUAUCGAGGCUCGUCCUCAGGUAGAAAUGGAUACAGGUAG